AUGUUCACCACAUGCAUACACGGUUCUGAUUCCAAGAUCCACUGCAAUGAGAAAGACAAGCAAAUCCUUUUGAACUUCAAAAAUGGAGCCAUAGAUCUAUCAGGCCUCCUCUCUACAUGGUCCUCUCAACAAGAUUGCUGCCAUUGGUAUGGAGUUGUGUGUCACAACUUCACCAGUAGAGUCACACAACUCAAUCUCCCUUGUUCAUUUAUAAAUGGCUAUGGUUAUAAUAACUUCAUUGAUAAAUCACACUGUCUCUCAGGUGACAUCCCCAUAUCUUUGUUGCAAAUGGAAUUUUUAGAACACUUGGAUUUGAGUAACCAUGAUUUCUUAGCUAUGACAUAUAAUUCCAUGAAUAGUCCAAGUUGUCAUAACCUUUCAUUAGGUAAUCUUCCUUAUCCGUGUGAAAAAUCUUCAAGUCUUCAUUACCUUGAUCUAUCAGGUAAUUUAAACCUUCUAAUUCACAAUUUGAAAUGGCAUUCUAGUGCUUCCUCAUUGAAAUAUAUUGACCUUAGUGGUAUUGAUCUUCGCACGGAAACUAAUUGGGUCCAGUUAAUGGCCAUGCUUCCAUCAUUGUCAGAGUUGUACUUGGUUGAUUGUCAUCUUGAUAACAUGAGUCCUUCUCUUCAUUUUGCUAAUUUUACUGCACUUGAAGUUCUUGAUCUUUCCGUGAAUGCAAUUCACUCAGAGGUGCCUAAUUGGUUAUUCAAUCUUACUUGUGAUAUCUCUUAUAUUUACCUAGACAAUAAUCUUUUGAGAGGUGAAUUACCUAAGGCAAUGCCAAAUUUUCAAGUCUUGAAAUACUUGAUUUUGUCUAACAAUGAUUUAAAUGGACCAAUUCCAGAUUGCUUAGGUAAACUUGAGCAUCUCACAUACCUUGAUUUAUCUUCAAACUUAUUUUCUGGACCUCUUCCUAUAAAUUUGGGAAACCUGUCAUCUUUAGUUGCCUUAAAGGCCAGGUCUAACUACUUUACAGGAGUUGUGUCUGAAAAACAUUUCACAAAUCUAUCAAAUUUAAAGUUCUUGUUUGUGGAAUCACCAGACAUCAUCUUUGAUUUUGACUUACAUUGGAUACCUCCUUUCCAACUUGAUGGUGUAUUUUUGGGUCCUGUUGGCCCUAAACCUCCUCAAUGGUUGUGUACACAGACAUCUCUCAAGUCCCUUGGUUUUGCGAACUCAAAAUUUUCAUUUGAGACUGGAGACAAGUUUGGAGUUUUGUAUCCAAAAUUGAACUUCUCCAAUUGGUGGGCAACUCAAUAG